AAUAAAGAAAAGAAAAGAGAAAGGAAAAAUAUAAUAUAUUUGAUUAUACGCAAGGUAUAACAAACUUGUACUAUAACACUACUGACACAUGAUGGUCUUUGUUUCUAUGCCGAGACCACAUACUUAAAAUAAAUAAAUAAAACUUUGUGGAAGAACGUUCACUAGCCUUGCCCACUGUCCCAUGUGACCUAAACUAGUUUGGGUUCACGUGAAUCUCUGGUUCAACUGAAGAAAGACAAGAUGGGUGAUAUGUUUCCACCACGUUUGAAGAAGUUUUGGGACAAAUGGAACAUUCGUGGAGUCAUAAUGCUCAGUCUCUUCCUCCAAACAAUCCUCAUCUUCUUCGCACCGAGCCGAAAACGCACAGCAAAGAAGCUCUUCCUCGUGCUAAUAUGGUCAGCUUAUCUUCUUGCUGAUUGGGCGGCCGAUUACGCGGUGGGACAAAUCUCAGACAGCCAAGAAGAAGCUGCUGACGAGCACGACAAGACCCGUGAGCUGUUAGCUUUUUGGUCACCUUUCCUUCUCUUGCACCUUGGAGGUCCAGACACCAUUACAGCACUUGCCCUGGAGGAUAACGAGCUUUGGAACAGACACUUGUUCAGCCUCGUCUGCCAAGCGGUCGCUACUGUCUACGUGAUCUUGUUGUCCACACCGAACAGGCUUCUGACUCCGACGGUUAUCAUGCUCUUCGGCGGAGUGAUCAAGUACGUCGAGAGAACGUCAGCCUUGUUCUCAGCGAGUCUUGACAAGUUCAAGGACUCCAUGCUGGAGGAUCCUGAUCCUGGUGCUAACUACGCGAAGCUCAUGGAGGAAUACGCAAAUAAAAGGGAUAUGAACAUGCCAACGGAGGUCAUUGUCGAGGAGGAUCCAGAGAAAGGGCGUGAAGGCAAUACUCCCGUUAGACCCGACGAUGGUCUCACCGACCUUCAAGUGGUUCAGUAUGCUUUCAAGUACUUUAACAUCUUCAAAGGUCUCAUCGUUGAUCUCAUCUUCACUAACAAGCAACGAGACGAGAGCAGGAAGUUCUUCGACUCUCUCAAACCAGAAGAAGCUCUAAGCAUCAUCGAAGUCGAGCUCAGCCUCAUCUACGAAAGCCUCUUCACAAAAGCAGAGAUUCUUCAUAACUGGACAGGAGCCGUGUUCCGGAUCAUAGCUCUAGCGUGCCUUGUCUCCUCGCUCUUUCUCUUUAGUCUUAAAAACGAAUCUCAGUACGAAGGAUUCGAUGUUGCUCUUACGUACGCGCUGCUCGUUUGUGGAAUAGCUCUUGAUACCAUCGCUCUUCUCAUGUUCUGCGUCUCUGACUGGACCAUCGCUACGCUGAGGGAACUAAAGGAGGACCAGGACAAGAAAGACCCUUGGGCUUGGACAGACGGAGUUCUCAACUGGAUCCUCGGUUUCAGGACGUUGAGGUGGAAAAGAUCAAAAUGUUUCAUGGAUGGACAUGAAGUCCUCGACAGGAACUUUAUGUUUCGAAGAUGGUCAGAGUAUGUUCAUGCUUACAACUUGAUUGGUUACUGCUUGAAGAUACGUCCCAAGAGACUCCAUCCUACCAAGGGUUUGAUACACAGUUUCAUCCCAUGUUCGGUAACUCGCCAGUUUUGUAACUUGAGCGAGUGUAAAUGGAUCCGUCCAGUUACGCACCAGCUUGGAUGGUUAAUCAACAAAGUCCUAGAAUUUUUCGGUCUCACAGAGUUGGUUGAAGAGAUAAGAUUCGCAACCAGUGACCGACUCACGAGAGAGCUGUGGGAGUUCAUAUUCAAGCAGGUGCAACACAAACACCGUUUCGCUGAAGAUCCGGAGAGUGCCAAGAGUAUAUCUUCAGCUAGAGGAGACUGGACUUUAGUUGAAACAUCAAGCAAAAAGACAGAAGGAGGACCAGACCAUGCGAAGCUUCUGAGAUAUGUGACUGAAAAGGACUAUGAUCAGAGCAUCCUCAUGUGGCAUAUCGCUACAGAACUCUUAUACCAAAGCCCUGAAGAAGAAGAAGUCACAAAGAAGGAAGAAUACACUAACCGAGAGUUCAGCAAAAUCCUUUCCGACUACAUGAUGUACCUCCUUUACAUGCAGCCAACACUCAUGUCAGCUGUUUCCGGAAUCGCAAAGAUACGUUUCCUGGACACAUGCGAAGAGGCAAAAGAGUUUUUCGAGAGGAGGCAUAUAGAUAAAACAAGGCAUAAGAAAGAAAACCUGGUGAAAGAAGCUAGCCGAGCUAUUCUCUCUGUCAAAACAUAUGUUGAGCCUAUGCAUGUGAAAGGAGACAGAAGCAAAUCUGUGCUGUUUGAUGGAAGCGUGCUUGCAAAGGAGCUGAUGAAGUUAAAGAAUGGGAGAGAGAGCAUGUGGGAGGUAGUGAGCAAAGUGUGGGUUGAGUUGCUUUGCUUUGCAGCUACUCACUGUGACUCUCAAGAACAUGCCUCUCAGCUCAGCAAAGGUGGUGAGCUAAUUAACUUUGUCUGGUUGUUAAUGGCUCAUUUUGGACUCGGAGACCAGUUCCAAAUCAACAGGGAUGAUGCUAGAGCCAAACUGAUCGUGGCCAAGUGAUUACUCCAAAAAGAAACUACACAAACAUCAUCAAUAAAUUAGUUUCUCCGUGUGUGUUUUGAAUUCUUACUUCCUUGAAGAGAAAUUCUUGGGUUCACUCCCUAGAAUGAACCUUUAGGUUCACUCAACCAAUAGAAUUUCGUUAUUUUAUA